CAACGUGACCAUAGGACACACAAGUCCAGAUGUCAUCGUCUCAUAGACCAUUCUCAUCGACUCACCAAAUCUUCCAUCUUCAGAGAAAAACAGCAAUGGUGAGUUGAACUCAAGCAAUGAUCUUUCGUCUUUCCUUCACAAAUUCAGCUGCUACCCGUCUCGUCUCCCUCUCCAAAUUCCCAAUUCUCAGAACCCCACAAUUCUCCACCAUGUCUACCAAUUUCUUCAAGUCUCACGCCUUUGCAGGCAACCCCAUUAAGCUAAGAACCCCUAAAUCAACUGAUCCAUUUUCACCACCCUCUGCUCUCAAGACCCUUAAAAACCUUCUUUUAGGAAAUACCCAUGAACCCCAUUCCCCUAAUUUCAAGAUCUUGCCUUUCAGAAAGGGAAGGCCAUUGGCUGGUUCAGUUAGGGAAUCGAAUGAGCCGAAUUGGCACCUGGGUUGGUUGAGUUUUGAGGAUUGUAAGGCUUUCUUGGAGAACUCUGAGGUUAAUUUGAGUGAAGAUACUUUGGUUUAUUUGGGUUCUGAUUCUGAGGGUGAUGGGGUUUAUGUUGUGUACUGGGGUAUUGAUGUGACAGAGGCUGGUAAUGGAUUGGUUAAAGAAUUGGGGGGUAAGCAGUUUUGCUUUGUUGAGCUUAGGACUCUGAUGGUUGCCACUGAUUGGGAAAAUGCUUCGUCCAUGGGACAACUUGCUAUUGCUGGUCAUGCCAGAUCAUUACUAGAAUGGCAUACAGCAUCACGUUUUUGUGGAUUUUGUGGAGGUAAGAACAUUUUAAUUGAUGCUGGGAGACGGAAACAGUGCUCUAAUGAGUUAUGCAAGAAGAAAAUCUAUCCUCGAGUUGAUCCAGUUGUGAUUAUGUUAGUUAUUGACAAAGAGAAUGACCGUGCGUUAUUAAGUAGGCAGUCAAGAUUUGUGCCUCGCAUGUGGAGUUGUCUAGCUGGUUUCAUGGAGCCAGGGGAAAGUUUGGAGGAGGCUGUGAGAAGAGAAACAUGGGAGGAGACCGGUAUUGAAGUUGGACAAGUUGUUUACCAUAGUUCUCAGCCAUGGCCUGUUGGACCUAGCAGCAUGCCAUGCCAACUUAUGGUGGGAUUCUUUGCUUAUGCAAAAUCACUGGAUAUUAAUGUGGAUAAGGAGGAAUUAGAAGAUGCGAAAUGGCACAGCAGAGAAGUUGUGAAAAAGGCACUCACGAUUGCGGAAUACAAGAAGGCACAGAAGACUGCUUGUGGUAAAGUGGACCAAAUGUGCAAGGGUGUAGAAAGAGGACAGAGCUUGUCUUCCGAUUUCAAUGUGGAAAGUGGGGAACUUGCUCCUAUGUUUAUCCCGGGGCCCUUUGCAAUUGCUAAUCAUCUCAUUUCCUCUUGGGUGAAUGGGGUUGAAUCACAACUUGCAAGUUCUUUCUCAAAUUUAUAGGCCACUCCCCUCCGAUGAGACGAACAAUUAAACUUGUAGGGGAGAUGAACCUCCAUAUGUGCUGCAACAAUACCUUUUCCUCCGAUGAGACGAACAAUUAAACUUGUAGGGGAGAUGAACCUCCAUAUGUGCUGCAACAAUACCUUUUCCAUUGCUAUUGAUUCAGUAGAUGAAUAAUGCUGCUGGCAAAUGUGAAAAUGGACGUGUAUACAUACACAGCAAACGUGCUAGUAUACAUUUUAAGCAAUUGCACUUCGUACUACUUGUGUUGUAAUUUGAAUUUUGUGUUAUAGAGAUAAUUUACGCCACAUAGCUCAUAUUUUUGAGUUUGUUGCCCGAUUUACCUUUUAUUUGUGUAUAAAAACACCUUUCAUAACUAUUAUACAUUUUUAGAGAAGAUGAUCAAAA